UAUGUCAAAAUGUCAAAUUAAAAGAAAACAGAAUUUUAGCGCCAAAAUAGACAAAAGUGCUCUGUAAAACUUUCGCUCGCUCAAUAAGUUGUUAUUUAUUACUUGUAACAUAUUAAUAUAAAGUUAAAAGAUGAAGUUCGCUAUCCCUGAAAUAUCUUGGCACAACAGAGAUCCUGUACUGAGUGUGGAUUUUCAGCCAAAGGCCGAUUCUACUGAACCAUUACGACUUGCAACUGGAGGGACCGAUUCUCAUGUUUUGAUCUGGUAUAUUUCAACAACAGACACAGGAUCAGUAAACUUAGAAGUAGCAGCUGACCUCACUCGCCACCAGAAAGCCGUCAAUGUGGUGCGAUGGUCACCUAACGGUCAGUUCCUGGCGUCAGGGGAUGAUGAGUCCAUCAUAUUUAUCUGGAAGAAAACUGACAAAGAACCAGCACCAGUAAUGGAUCAGAGUGAGGAGCAGUAUAAAGAAUCCUGGGUCAUUCACAAGACAUUAAGAGGUCACAUGGAGGAUGUAUUAGAUAUAUCCUGGAGUGCCAACUCCCUCCACCUUGCCUCAGGCUCAGUAGACAACAAGCUCCUCAUAUGGGACCUGAAUAAAGGGAAGUACAGCACUAUACUGACAGACCACAAAGGAUUUGUCCAGGGAGUCUCAUGGGACCCCAAGAACCAAAUGAUUGCCACUGCUAGUUCUGAUAGAGUAUUCCGCACAUUUGAUGUGUCUUCAAAGAAGGUGACUUCCCGCAGCAGUAAGGCAAUACUACCUUUCCCUUCUGAGCAUCCUCUACAUGAAGUUAAAGUCAGGCUGUACCAUGAUGAUACACUGCAGACUUACUAUAGGAGAUUACAGUUCAGUCCAGAUGGCCUGCUACUGGCAGUUCCAUCAGGCCGCAUAGAGCCUGAGCAAGGCAAGGUGGACAUCAAGCCUAUUAAUGCUGUCUACAUCUACACAAGAUACUCCUUGAAAGUUCCAGCAUGUAUCCUGCCAUGCGGCGAAGCAGCCCUGGUGACGCGCUGGUCGCCGCGCCUGUAUGCACUCCGCGAGGGAGGCCCGGCCCCCGCCUUCCCAGCCACACGGCGCAUGAUACUGGCCAUCGGAACCAAGCGAUCCGUAUUACUAUACGACACGCAACAGAAAACACCCAUUGCUCUCAUCAAUAAUAUACAUUACACAAGGCUAACAGACCUGACAUGGUCUCGGGACGGGCGCACGCUGGUGGCGUCGAGUACGGACGGCUACUGCUCCGUCAUCACCUUCAGUGAGGGCGAACUGGGAGACGUACUGCCUGAAGAAGUACCUCCUGAACCUACCAGCACUCCAGCACCAGAACCUAUGGAAGUUGAAGAACAACCUGUAGAAAAACCAAAAGUAGAAGAAGAGAAACCACAAGUCAAAGAAACAAAAUCAGCUGGCAAGAUAGACUCCUUCAUCAAGUUCAAGGCACCAGAGAAAUCGUCAAAGAAACAGAAGACUGAACCACAACCAAAAACACCAGUCAAAAUAGAUGUUCUGGAAGAAGUGGCCAUGCCGUCGUGGUCAGAUAACAGCAAUAACGAAAUUAUUAAACCUAAAGAACCAGAAGCAAUGAUUGUAGAAGACAGUGAAGACAUCAAAUUAGUUUAUGAAGAGACUGAAGGCGCCAAAUCCACAUCGACAUCUCCAGAUUCACCCAAAACCACAGCAAAGACUGUAACUGAGAAAAGUCCUGAACAGAGCUCUCCAAAACCUAAUAAGACUGAAGAAAACGCUAAAACCUUACUUGGCACACCUACUAGUAGUAACGCCAAAAGUACGAGCCAACCAAGUACUCCUAAAAGUUCAGUAGAAAACUAUUUCUUGAAGCAAGCUAAAGUGACUGAUGUAACAGACCAAGCUGCGAAGUCUGUUCCGAGCCCGAAAGCUCCGCGGCGAGUUAGCUUCGUCACACUGUCUAGCCCUAAGAAUGCUAAAAAGAAAUAAGAGUUGCAUAUUUUGACGUAACUAGCAUAAUUUUAACAACAGAUUUUGAUGAGGUAAAUUAAUUUGAUAGAAACACAUUUUUAACUUGAAAAGUAUUAAUAAAUUUAAUUUGUUUACAUUUUAGAUCAUCUUACUAUUUGGAAUAGUCUCCUCGCUCAUUUCUUAUUCCUGAUAUGAUAAUGUCCAUUUUAAUGUAUGUAUAAAAAAAUAAGGAUCAAAUGUAAUGUUAUAAUUUGUAAAUAAAAGAUGUGUGUAAAAGUAAACAUUUAUAAUAAAUAUUUACAAUUCAAUGCGUAGUAUCACAUUCAAAAUAAAAGUGAGUAUAAUAUAACAAAAUAUAUCUGCAUCAAUCCAAAGUUGAUACUUACCUACUGAUCGGACGUUACGACGGCGACGUAUGGGUGAUCACAAAUCAUGUUAGUAUUUAUUUUGUUACGUCCUCUAAUAGUCAUUUUGUUCUGAAUCAGCUAGACAAAAUAAAAGACAGUGUAAGCCUCUAGUUACAGGAGAAUAUCGUCAACAUCAGCAUAAUUUUCAAAUGAUAAAUUAAUAUCAUGUAUAUUAGUAAUUCGUAGCAAUAAUACGCAUUUUACAAUCGUUCUGACUGUGUAGUACACAAUGGUCAAAUUCCGUCAUAAUUCUCACAUUUUUAUAAAUCAAUAUUCAUAUUUCUGCAACUAUAGAGAACGCAACAUCGAACCGAGUGUAAUCAAAUAAUGCAACAGGAAAUACGACGUACCUACGACAUUGUAGAAGGUCACAAUAUGUAUUUAAUUAUUUAUUAUUGCUCAGACGUGCUAACUGCACCAUCUACUAACUACACAGUACAAUAUCAUGAUAAAUACACUUCAGAUCUUGUGACGACUGUGACAGAAAGACAA